AUGAUUUCUUCAACCAACCAGAGCGUUUUCCUGAUCUGGGGUGGUAAGGGAUGGGUCGCUGGUCAUCUCGAGUCGUUACUCAAGGAUCAAGGCAAGACUGUUCAUACCACCACUGUCCGCAUGGAGGACAGAGAAGCAGUCAUUGCUGAGCUAGAGAAAGUCAAGCCUACACAUGUCCUGAACUGUGCAGGCUGUACCGGACGUCCCAAUGUCGACUGGUGUGAAGACAACAAGGCUGCCACCAUUCGUAGCAAUGUCAUUGGCACUUUGAAUUUGGCCGAUGCUUGCGAGCAGCGCGGCAUCCACAUCAGUGUUUUUGCUACAGGAUGUAUCUACACUUACGAUGAGGCGCACCCCAUCGGUGGAGCAGGCUUCAAGGAGACCGACCCUGCCAACUUCUCUGGAUCUUUCUAUUCGGCUACCAAGUCGAAGGUUGAGGAAAUCAUGAUGAACUAUGAAAAUGUCCUGUGCCUGCGCCUUCGCAUGCCAGUAUCCGAUGACCUGCACCCUCGCAACUUUGUCACCAAGAUCACAAAGUACGAACGCGUCGUCGACGUACCAAACAGCAACACCAUCCUGCACGAUUUGCUCCCCGCCGCCAUCGUCCUCGCCGAGAACAACGAGACUGGCGUGUACAACUUUACCAACCCCGGUGCCAUCUCGCACAACGAGGUGCUCGGGCUAUUCCAGAAGAUUGUCCGUCCCAGCUUCACAUGGAAGAACUUUUCGUUGGAAGAGCAGAGCAAGGUUAUCAAGGCAGGACGUUCGAACUGCGAGCUUGAUACUGACAAGUUAGUCAACAAGCUUCGAGAAUAUGGAGUGGAGAUUCCCGAGGUUCAUGAUGCAUACGAGCAGUGCUUCAAGCGUAUGGUCAAGAAUGGCGGAAGCUAA